ACUACACAGAUCUUAUUAAUAAUGAAUUUGUUACUGAUAGUCACGGUGAUCGUUGCAAUCGCCAAAGGCUGCUUGAGUGCUCCAACGGAGGACUCAGAUGAAAGAGAAUCUCUGCAAGAAUUGGAAGCCGUCCGACGUCUUCGCAAGACACUGGAGGAUUCAUGUGAAAGCAAUAGUGGCUCAAACGCCACUUAUGGCGACAUGAUGGAGGCAGUGGCUGAUACUCCCGCGUGUUUUGGGUCCAAAUUUGACCUGGAAGAGCUGGUUGAUGGGUGGAACCGGCUUAGUAAUGCCACCAGGGAGCAGUACUUUACGAAAAAUUGUCCGGUGGUAAAACAAGGCGUUCAGGAGUGUUUGGUACCAGUUGAGGCUAAAGGUCGGUUGUGUAUGACGUCGGAAGCUCAACGGGUUGAAUGGCCGGACUUUCCGAUGUAUUUGCUUCCUAAGGUGGUGGAUUUGCUCUGCGAGGGUCAUGGCGAGAUUCUGUUUGCAAACAGUAGCCAAAGCCCAACGAAAUGUUUUGAGAACUAUUUCACCUACAUGAAGCAGUGCAUGCGGAACUUUGUGAGUGAAACCAACGCCAAACCUCGGGGAGAGUUUGCCGAGGUCGAGUGUCGGGUACUGGAGCGAUCCCGACGGUGCGUGAUCGACAAGUUAACAAACUGUGGCAACGGCGAGCUGAUCAAGGUUUUUGACCUGCCGUAUAGAUCCGUCGUGGAGCAGACGGCGUGUAGCAAUUUCAUUAAGCUUGAAUAAAGAUAAAUAUUUAUGUUUUCCUCUGUUA